CUACAAUGCAACAAAACAAAGGACGAAGCUGGAAACAACACGAAUCCUUGCUGUUCGAAGAAGAGAGAAAAAGUGACUCAGUGGAGGAUCUUGCGAUGACGUCAUUCAAAGAGUAUCAACGACUGAACCAUCAAUUUGGAGGGAGGAAGGGUGCGAACUGCGUGAACUGAAUUUCGUCCCUACCGGUACCGGUACUCUAGUGGACCCCCCUCAUCAGGAGAGGGCGAGUCAACGGUUUCACAGGAGCCAAACCAAUUGAAAAGGGGGACUAGAGUUGCAAAGCACAAAGAGUGUCCAACCGACGAGUCCCUCGAGUUUCUGGGGAGAUACAGAAGCAUUCUUGUGGGAGCCAACUGCAAACCUGGUAUACUGUCGAAGAAGUUUGGUUCCAAGGUUUGCCCAUAUUUACGGAUCAUCAUCGCAAUAAGAUGCCCUUUGACUACCUGUUUCAGGUCGCCCUUAUUGGGGAUUCGUCGGUGGGAAAAUCGGCGUUGAUGAAGCGAAUUGCGCACAAUACAUUUGACGAGGGAGGGACCACCACCCUUGGAGUUGACUUUUGCAUGCGAACGGUAAAGCUGGAGGGAGGAAAAGUUGCCAAAGUCAAGAUUUGCGACACGGCCGGCCAGGAAAGAUUCAGGGCUCUUACUCGGACCUUCUACAAACGAGCGGACGCAAUCAUGCUGGUGUACGAUAUCACAGACAAAGAGUCGUUUGAAAACCUCACAACUUGGAUACGCGAUGUCCAUGAGCAUGCGCCACAAUCGGUCCAGGUGGUCAUUGUCGGCAACAAAGCAGAUCUUUCCAACAGUCGUGCCAUCCCACGAGCGGAUGCCAAGUACUUCGCGGCAGAGCUUGGACUUUCAGCUGUCGAGUUGAGUGCAAAGAGCUCCAAAAAUGUAGAGGAAACCUUUCUGACAAUUGUCAAGGAGAUUGCACGAAAAGCGGAGCGCGACGAGGAGCUCGUACGAAAGUCGGAUCGUGAGAAACUUGUACGAAGAUCGGAGCCUGCCAAGAAACGAGACAAAGUGUAUGCGCCCUCGGAGAUGAUCUUACUGGGCGAGAAGACGGGCAAAAGUACCUCCUCAAGCUGUUGCUACUAGCUAGCUAGCACUUCGAGAGUGUAAGUUCAGGCUGUACCGGCCGCGGUGGUGGCUCUAUGUAGUCGAGGUUUGCAUCUUGCAUGGCGAGACUCACUUGAUAGAGCAUUAAUGCGAGUACCGGUUACCCGACUUACUAAUGCAUAAGAAUUAGAAGCCGGACUCCCUUUUAACCUGUCG